GCUUCUCUUCUGCGAACAUCAAUUUCAAUUCCACUGAUUUCUCACCUCGAAAUCUCUUUCAGUUUGCAUUCCUGAGAUAGAAUUACAGUAAUCAAUCAAAUGGAAGUCAAGCGAGACGAUUUGUAUCACAAUCAGUUUGUCAAAAAACCAAGGAUGAAUGACGGAGAUUCUAUUGACCUGCAAAAACUCGCCGCUCCGGUGAAAUCCGCUGUCGAUAAGUACCAGCUUGUCCCUGAGUUCUUGAAGGUGAGAGGAUUGGUGAAGCAGCAUCUGGAUUCGUUUAACUACUUUCUUCGAACCGGUAUAAAGAAGAUUGUUCGUGCCAAUGAUCGAGUCGUGUCUGAUGUCGAUCCGAGUCUUUAUCUCAGAUUCAAAGAUAUUAGGAUUGGUGAGCCAUCUAUGACCAUCGAUGGAGUCAGUGAGAAGCUUAAUCCUCAUACAUGCCGGUUGUCUGACAUGACGUAUUCUGCACCGAUAAUUGUCAAUAUAGAGUACAUUCGUGGAAGUCAUCACCCGAAACAGAGAGUGGACAAGAAUGAUGUUGUUAUCGGAAGAAUGCCUAUCAUGUUACGGAGUUGCUGCUGUGUGUUAAAUGGAAGAGAUGAGGCUGAACUUGCAAAGCUUGGUGAGUGCCCCCUUGAUCCUGGAGGUUAUUUCAUCAUUAAAGGAACAGAGAAGGUGCUUUUAAUACAAGAACAGCUUUCAAAGAAUAGAAUAAUUAUUGAUACCGACAAGAAGGGGAAUAUAAUUGCAUCUGUUACAAGUAGCUCUGAGGCAACUAAGAGCAAAACAGUUAUUUCUAUGGAAAAAAACAAGUUUUUCUUAGAACUCAACCAGUUUUCAGGAAAGAUUCCUAUCAUGGUUGUCAUGAAAGCCAUGGGGAUGGAGAGUGAUCAAGAGGUUGUGCAGAUGGUUGGAAGAGAUCCGCGAUUUAGUGCCUUACUUUUGUCUUCUAUUGAGGAUUGUGCAAAUUGUAGUGUAUAUACCCAACAACAGGCAUUGGAGUAUCUUGAACCAAAGGUGAAGAAGACUAUGUUUUACAAUCCUUCAUCUCAAAAGGAAGGAAGAUCUCUUGCCAUCCUCCGAGAUGUAUUUCUUGCCAAUGUUCCAGUCCGUCAAAAUAAUUUUCGUCCAAAAUGUUUGUAUGUUGCGGUGAUGCUCAGAAGGAUGCUGGAGGCAUUUUUAAAUAAGGAUGCAAUUGAUGACAAGGAUUAUGUGGGGAACAAGCGCUUGGAGUUAUCUGGACAAUUGAUUUCUCUACUCUUUGAGGAUUUAUUUAAGACGAUGAUUAGUGAGCUUAAAAAGACAAUUGAUAUUACCCUAUCAAAGACUAACAGAGCUAGCACAUUUGACCCUUCUAUUUUUUUACGUAGUAAAGAUAGCAUCACUGUUGGGUUGGAAAGGACCCUUUCUACUGGUAACUUUGAUAUCAAGCGGUUCAGAAUGCACAGAAAAGGCAUGACACAGGUGCUAAACAGGUUAUCCUUCAUAGGGACUUUGGGCCACAUGACAAAAAUCUCACCACAAUUUGAAAAGUCUAGGAAAGUAAGUGGACCAAGGGCAUUGCAACCAAGUCAGUGGGGAAUGCUUUGUCCUUGUGACACUCCAGAAGGUGAAGCUUGUGGACUGGUUAAAAAUUUGGCCCUAAUGACCCAUGUCACAACUGAUGAGGAAGAGGGCCCCUUGAUAUCCUUGUGCUACUGUUUGGGUGUUGAAGACUUGGAGUUACUAUCUGCAGAGGAGCUUCACACACCUAAUUCAUAUCUGGUUAUAUUGAAUGGGCUUAUUCUUGGCAAGCAUAGAAGGCCACAGCAUUUUGCUCUUGCUAUGAGAAAACUACGCAGAGCUGGUAAAAUUGGCGAGUUUGUGAGUAUUUUCAUAAAUGAGAAGCAGAAUUGUAUUUACAUUGCUUCUGAUGGAGGACGAGUUUGCCGUCCAUUGGUGAUAGCUGACAAGGGAAUAUCAAGGAUUAAAGAAAACCAUAUGAAGGAGUUGUUGGAUGGAGCACGUACAUUUCAGGACUUCCUACGUGAAGGAUUAAUUGAAUAUCUUGAUGUUAAUGAGGAGAACAAUGCUAUGAUUGCUUUAUAUGAAGAAGAGGCUACACCUGAAACAACCCACAUUGAGAUAGAGCCUUUCACUAUCUUAGGUGUGUGUGCUGGCCUAAUUCCAUACCCUCAUCAUAAUCAGUCACCAAGAAAUACGUACCAGUGUGCAAUGGGAAAGCAAGCAAUGGGAAACAUCGCAUAUAACCAGCUAUGUCGGAUGGACACAUUACUCUAUUUGUUGGUGUAUCCACAACGCCCUUUAUUGACAACUAGGACAAUUGAGUUGGUUGGAUACGAUAAGCUUGGAGCUGGUCAGAAUGCAACUGUUGCUGUGAUGAGUUAUAGUGGUUAUGACAUAGAGGAUGCAAUUGUCAUGAACAAAUCAUCUCUAGAUCGUGGUUUUGGCCGUUGUAUUGUUAUGAAAAGGUAUUCUGCUGUUAAUCAAAAGUAUCAAAAUGGUGCAUCUGAUAGAAUUCUCAGACCACAAAGAACAGGACCUGAUUCAGAGAAGAUGCAGAUACUAGAUGAUGAUGGACUUGCUGCUCCUGGAGAGAUUAUUAGACCCGGUGACAUCUAUAUCAAUAAGCAGUCCCCUAUCAAUACAAGAGCUCCUCAUACUGGUCAGUUGGAUAGUGGAUAUAGAUCUUCCAAGCAAACAUUCAAAGGUCCUGAAGGAGAGUCUUGUGUAGUGGACAGAGUUGCUCUUUGCUCUGAUAAGGAAAACAAUCUAUGUAUUAAAUUUUUAAUACGCCAUACACGUAGACCCGAGAAACUUCGAAUGACUGUAGGUAAGAUGAUAGAGCUUCUUGGGGGUAAGGCUGGAGUCUCCUGCGGAAGAUUCCAUUAUGGUAGUGCCUUUGGAGAACCAAGCGGUCAUGCAGAUAGAGUUGAAGCUAUAAGUGAAACCCUCGUGAGGCAUGGUUUUAGCUACAAUGCCAAGGACUUCAUUUAUUCAGGUAUAACUGGUUGCCCGCUACAAGCAUAUAUUUUCAUGGGACCAAUUUACUACCAGAAGUUAAAACAUAUGGUCCUAGAUAAAAUGCAUGCGAGAGGUAGUGGGCCUCGAGUUAUGUUGACUAGACAACCUACUGAGGGGAGAGCUCGAAAUGGAGGUUUACGAGUUGGAGAAAUGGAACGUGAUUGUCUAAUUGCUUAUGGUGCUAGCAUGUUGAUUUUUGAGCGCCUGAUGAUUUCUAGUGAUCCUUUCGAAGUUCAGGUUUGCAGAAAGUGUGGUUUGUUAGGGUAUUACAGCCAUAAGCUGAAAACUGGAAUUUGUUCUUCAUGUAAAAAUGGAGAUAAUGUUUCCACAAUGAAGCUACCAUAUGCAUGUAAACUUUUGUUCCAGGAACUCCAAUCAAUGAACAUCGUUCCACGUCUGAAACUUGCAGAGGCUUGAUUGUUGGAUUUUGUAAACUGGAAGACUACAUAGUGGUAUUUCUCAAGUAUAUCGAGGGAUUUGGACUAGGAAUUGCUCCUUGGAGGAUAUUGGUUGCAAAUCAUUUGUGCAAAGUAGAACGGUAUUAGAUAUUCAAGGCCCAAACCAGCAUGUUGCUUCAGAAAUGCAUACGUUCGGGAAUCUGUCAAGUCUGGUGUUCUCUGCCAUUGGCCUUCAUUGAAUCUUAUAUUUAUGGAGAGUUCGGCAUUACCAAGAACGCUGGUGAUGGUUGAACGUAUCUUUUUGCAAAAUUGUAAUUAAAUUCUUCUAAAAGAACAUUUGAACUUUUUUGUUUUCUAAUUCUUAUCCUUUGUUGGGGGUUUUCUCAUAAUAAUAAUAAUAAUAAUACUAUUUUCAU